AUAUGUAAUCCCUACCCACCAGGGAAGACGGACAGAGCAUUGUCAGGCAAAAUGACAGCCACUAGUUUCUCACUUAUGUUUUCUGGGUGUUUUGUGACUCUUCUCAUCUGGGCAGGAUGCACGACAGUGGUCUGUCUGGUUAAUGAAAAGUUAGCAGUGAUACCCACCACAACAAUAGGGUAUCCUUCAACAGAGAUGAUGGUUGCCAAUGCCACUCAUGGAAAACCCCCCUUGCCAUUUGCUUGUGGGAAUAAUUCUAACUAUUGUUUGGAGUAUUGCGAAAUCUGUAACGAGUUUUAUCACGCGCCAACAAUGGACUGCCUGUCCACUCUGCUGGAGCAUUUAUGUCUCCCCAAGUUCGUCAACCCAAUGGCAUCAAUGAACAGCACUGACUGGUGCACUUGGGGCAACGUUAGCGGUUUGUAUAGUAACCUAAGCAAUUGCACGGAGGAGAUAUCUGACUGUCUACUGAUCCCAUGGCCCAACCUGCUGGUGGAACAGCUCUUUGUGGACAUUCACUCUAGAUUCUUCAAGGAUUGUCCUACAGAGGAGCUAAGUGACCCACCACCUGCUAUCGUCUUCGCUCUGGUAAUAACUCCCAUCUGCCUGAUCCCUAUCAUGGUUAGCCUCGUAGUGCUCAAGACCAAGAAUGGCGACGGCAGCUCCUGAAAACCCAGAAUCUCGGCUCUGCUCACAAUCACCAAGAAUAUCUUGUUUUUGACCAGCAGCUCUCCCUCCUUUCCCAACCUGAGGACUACAGCUUGUUUACUCACACACUGUGCUUUCAUCUCACCACUGACUUUGCAGAGGACUGUUUUUUUUCCCACGCUUCACAAUUCAGAGGAAUUCUGAGACAUCAACCACAGAGGAAACCUUUUGCAAAGAUGACACGAUUGUGAGUCAUAAUCGGUGGCGUCACAAUGAUUGCGUCUGCUCAAUGACAACCUCCCCGAUGCUUAAAGAGACUUAAUCUGUGUUUGCGUAUUUCUUGUAAUAUACUGUGACAAAAUUUUUAUUUUCAACCACCCCGCUCGAGAUCUGAACAUUUAUCUAUUGGUCGAAUCCAAUUUGCACACAUUAUUCAGAAUAUAGAGCAUGAUUUUUACUGGAGAACCCAGUGUUCAGGGUUAUGAUGACAAAAGCUCUGGAGCUUGCAAAAGUAAGGUUAAAAUAUAUUUGUGACGACUCUUGUGUUGAUGAGAGACAAGGUAAUUUUAUUACUGAACUCCUGGAAUUCUUCUUAUGCAUUUAGUUUUUCCAAACCUUAUUCAACUGUAUGUUUGUUCCUCAGAUAAAGGGCCACUUUCAAAUUGAUCAUCCUGACUAGUUACAGGAGAUCAACACAUUCUCAUACGUUAACAUAAUGAUCACCGUUUUAGACACUUCAUAAAACUAUGCGAAAGAGUCAUAGUUUGUUUAAGUUUAGGUAACAAAACUUCCUAAUUAUGUUUUGGGAAAAAAUACAUGAUAAGGCUUUGGAAGAGAUAGAUAAACAAGUAAAAGAAAUGGAGAUAACUUACAGAAGUGAAGUAGUUACAUAGGUGACAUGGAUGUGGAAGUUAUGUUACGUAACUGUGAAAUGACAGUGUUGACUUUUGGUUUGACUGGAUGAAAAAUCUGUGUUGUGUUUAACUCACCCACCCUAAACCAACAUGAUCUCACAGAAAUCCGUGAAAUAGCCACGGAUUCGCUUAACUUAAAAUCCGUGGAAUAGCCACGGAAUCGCUCAAAUUUCCGUGAAACUGACACGGAUUUCGCUACAAUGCAAGUUAAUGACAGUCAUAUUUUUCUGGCGCGAUCUUCACCACGAAGUGAUUAUGUACAUUCACUGAGUGAAGAUUUAGAAAAUAAAAUGUGAUCAAAAUCCAUUUUUAUGCAGAAACUAAGUCAAAAUAUUGAUUUUUCACUAAAAAUGAGAGAACUGUCCGCCAUGUUUUUUGUUCUGACCGCUGGGACCUUGAAAGUCACGUGACUUGGAACAAACCAAUAGGAACAAAUAUCCAUGGAAUAGCCACGGGAUAUGACUGUCAUUAACUUGCAUUGUAGCGAAAUCUGUGUCAGUUUCACGGAAAUUUGAGCGAUUCCGUGGCUAUUCCACGGAUUUUGAGUUAAGCGAAAUCCGUGGCUAUUUCACGGAUUUCUGUGAGACCAGGUUGCCUAAACAGACCUUGUUGUUCUUUAUACUCCUCUCUUCCACCUUUGCUUUUACAUGACCCUUAGAAUUGUUACAACCACUAGAGGGUGCCUCCCAACAACAAAUGUAAAUAUGAAGGGAUUUAAGCUGCUGUACAAACAACAUGUGUGGUCAUUUUAAGGGGCAGAACUUGCUUAUAUCAAACUUAACUCUGCUUUGAGCCAUUAAUUCGACAAUGUACAGGAUGUACGCAUAGGGCAUGUGCAACCUAAACUGAUUUCAAGCCUAAACUAAAUACAGGUAUGCAUACAGGGUUGAUGUAUGGAAAGGGCCCUCUGCAUGGGUAAAGAAAGGACAGAAACAUGAGUAUAAUGUGAUGCAUGGAUCUGGUUAUGUGAGUCAUAGCGUGUGUAUAAGGUUUGAGGUCAGAGGUUACAGAUGGGACACAAUGAAUGGGUACGCCCAGAAAAAGGGAAUUUCUUUCCUGGUAUUGUCUAUUUUUGAAACCCUUCAGCACCUUCCCCUGUCCAGACAACGACGACAAUCCUCAUGAUCACAUGAUGAGCUAAUUAAAGCAAAGUUUAUCCAACAUCUCCAUCCAGUUCAGACGAACAUAGAGAUGAACAGACAGACAAUUGUCUGCACAAUAUAGCGACAAACACUGAGCAACCACACAAAGACAAAAGUGUUAUCUUGAUUCAUGAUAAUGUGAUUAUGUAUUGUACAGUAUGGAUUGACGAUAAAGCCAUUGUAUGCGCUUUCAGAUUUGGAUCAAAAUGUGUAUUUAUAUAUGUCCGCCAUUGUCAGGACUUAGUAGACCUACUGUACCAUCUGAGAGAACACAUUCUGCCUGCUCUCACACCAUUUACUGUAUUUUAAUAUACUUUUUUCUAUAUUAUAUCGAAUUAAAUCUACAAUUGGA